AUGACAUACAUUAUACUACAUAAAAAUAAAAACAUCGAAAUAAUAAAUCAUGAAUACGACGAUAUGGAUAGCAUAUUGGAAGGAAUUCUUAAAUCGGAUCAUCCUGAAGGUGCUAAGAGAACACUUUUCAAGAAAAUAGUGGAGAAAGGGGCACAACCCCAUGCAUCAAAUAUGACACUACCAGUUUUAAAUCUGACAUCAAAAUGGUUUUUGGAUGGUGAAAAUGAUUUAAAAAUCAGUGCAGGAUGGGAAAUAUUUGUGUCCUGGGCAAAACAUAACCAACCUUGUGUGGAUUCAUUCUUUUCUAGAGAUUACUUAGUGUCAUUAUUAACAACUAAAUAUAAAAAUGAAGCUAAUCCCCCCCUAGUAAUCCAUCAGUGUAUGCGAAUAGUGCCAAACAAAUCACGAACAAAUUCGCAAAAAAUCAUCGAAGCGUCAGCCAUUAAAUUUAUACAGGAACAUAUAGACACUGUUUGUCUCAGAAACUUUGUGAUAUUUUUAGAGGAAUAUAAAGACUGUGUGCCGAAAGGAAAAUACAGGCUGAAAUUCUGUGAAAGUUUAAUUGAAGGUUUGAGUAAAGGGAAGACACCAGAGAAUCAAAAUGAAGUUAUGCAAUUUGUGAAAGACGUAGCACGUAUCGUUCAGUUUAUACAUCAUUUGUGGCAAUCAGGAGAUGCCAGUUUGGUGUUAGAUUGUUUGAAGAAUGUGUUUUAUAUAUUGUGUGAUGUGACAUCAUCUGAAGAGCCAUCAGAUUGUUUGGGAUCGUUGUUAACAUGUGUUCCUAAUGACGUCUGCAAUGAUGUAAUAAAACAAGCUGUUAAAACUGAUAUGGUUGAUAAUGAUGCUAUGACUUUAGCCUUACAGAGAAUGGUCAACUGGUUAAACUGGCCGGCAUGUAUUAAUAUAGAUCAAAUUGUUAUAAUGUUUUUAAAGGAAUUAGCCACCCAUAAGAAAUAUACUGUAUUAAUCUCAGUAACAGAGAGCAAGAUUGAAAGUGUAAUGGAGAAAUUACAAUAUGCUCCAGUAAGAGAUGCCAGUUUUAAAAUAUUGAGUCAUAUGUUACUUAGUUUUCAACAUUCAGCUAUACCCUUUCAUAAGAUUAUACCUCAAGUUAAAGGUACAGUAGCAGUAUUACGUAAAGAGAAAACAAAGGAAAGUUUGGAGUGUUUAAGUAAUUUAGCUGAAUUGUUAUACUGUUUAAUGAGCCAUCAUACAGGAUUCCCUGAUUUAUAUGAACCACUGAUUGAAAUGAUCAAGAUGUACCCUGAGCCCAGUGAAGAUGUAAUACAGAUGAAACUAGCUGAGAGUAAAUGGGGAGGAACAUCUAGUGCUUCAUUAACAGAUGUAUCAGGCUUACAGAAAUCAGAAACAGGAAAGAUUGGGUUAUUAAAUCUUGGUAAUUCAUGUUAUAUGAACAGUAUUAUACAGACUCUUUAUAUGUGUGAUGAAUUUCGACAAGGUGUUUUAACACACCCUAUUAGAUCUCCUGGUAAUAUCUUGUCUAAAUUGCAGGAAGUUUUCGCCUUCUUAGCAAAAUCACAUAGACCUGCUAUUGCUCCAUCAUCAUUUCUUGAUGCAUCCAGACCACCAUGGUUUACUAAUGGUUGUCAACAAGAUUGUUCAGAAUUCCUUAAAUAUCUUCUGGACCAGAUGCAUGAGCAGGAAAAAAUGAAAUCUAUCACCCAGGGUAGUCCCAAUAAAACCAUUAUUGAAGAUACAUUUGGUGGCAAGAUGAGCUCUACAGUCAGGUGCUUGAAAUGUAAACAUGAGUCAACAAAGGUUGAAGAUUUUAUUGACAUCCCUCUUGCAUUCCCACAUAACACUUCUUCCUCUAAACAGUUAGUUGGUGGUAGUUCUGAACAUAGUAUUACCACAGUUGAACAAGAGCAGAAGAUGGAUGCCAGUGCUGAUAAAAGUGGACCUUUACAUUUGAAUGAUCUAGUCAAGCAUUAUCUACAAACAGAGAAAUUAACUGGAGAUAAUAAAUAUCAUUGUGAUCAUUGUAAAGGUCUUCAAGAAGGUGAAAGUAACAUCAAGAUUGAACAGAGUCCACAAUACUUGGUGCUUACACUCCUGAGAUUUUCUUACGAUGUCAAACUUCAGUGUCGAUCCAAGAUCUUCAGAGAAGUUAAAUAUCCCGAAACCCUAGUUUUACCAAUCCAGACUAAGAAAUCACCAGAACAAACCUCUAAGAGGAUGAAACCCAAUAAUGUGCCUUCAGAUGUGUACAAAACCUUGAUGGGAGAUGAGAACUCAGUUAUUGGAACAGAUAAGGAAGUGUAUGGAUUGUGUUCUGUUAUAGUUCAUUCUGGUGCAUCAUCUGAAUGUGGACAUUAUUAUUGCUACUCCAGACAUUCAUCUCCUACUGGAAAUCCACAUAUCAGUGAUAAUGUGGAUAAAAUAGACUUCCUAGAAAAUAAAUGGCAUUUGUUCAAUGAUUGUAGAGUAUCUUAUACUAGCUAUGAUUCCUUCAGUAAUGUCACCAAGAGAUUUAACCGAGAUACAGCCUAUGUUUUGGUGUAUAGAAAGAUUAGUCCCAGUGAGUUUGAAGGACAACAAACUAUUGUUAAAGAACCAUCAAUAAUCAGUAAACUACGAGCUGAUAUUGAUAAAGAUAACUCCAAAUAUCUUCAGGAACAAGAUGAAGCUAAUAAAUAUAAUACUAAAACAAGAGAAAGAAGUAGUUCUACCAGUUCCUAUUACAGCCGUCGCGAUGGUGAUGAUGAACCACCUCCUCCAGAUUGUGGUGGUUCAAGUGGCCUGGAUUCACUUGAUACAGUUGGUGCUAGAUUUAUAUUCUAAAUAUUUUCAAUCUCAACAUCUAAAAAGCAAUAGAAUUUAACAACAGAACAAUAUUAUGAAGAAACCAAUGUAAAUAUAAAAAAUGCUUGUUUCUUACAAAAAUAGUAGCUGCAAUAACUACAUUUUGUAUUUAUAUGAAACAGGUUGGUGUAAAUUUUCAAAUUAUAAUAUGUAAAUGCGAUAUUUGGAAUAAUAUUAAGACGUUUCAAACUUUAGAUUUUAGUAUGAUGAUAAAAUUGCAGGCAAUAAUGUAAUAAUUUCUCGUUGUUGAGACUCAAUAUCACAGUUUAUUGUCCUCAUGGAUGAUAAUAUAUUAAGAUUGAAAUUUGAACUGUUAUUAGAAAAUUGAGAGAUUAUUAAAUGGUAACCAUCACACAAUAUUAAUUAUAUAAAUAUAACACUAGCUACACAAGGAAUAAAUGUAAAUAUACUAAAGGUAACCAGGCACCAAAAUAAAAUUACAUAAGCUAUUGAAAGGAAAAAGGAAUCUACCUUGUUUUAGCAAGUAUAAUAUGCUAACUUAGGUUCAAAUGUCCUUUUUCAAGCUAGAUUUUGGCCAAAUCCCUUGGCUUUGAUACUUCCCGAUUUAUUAUACCCAUUUACAGUUGGUUUGAUUUGAGAUGUAAGAUACUUACACGGAAUAUGAGUAAAUAUUACUCCAGUCUACAUUUUGUAAAUGUAAUACGGAACUAAGAUGAAAUUGUAAAUAUUACAUUGUAAAUAUGAUGAUAAUUGG